AUGCCUGCGACAACAGGAAGCGGAUGCUUCGACUGUAACAUCUGCCUUGAUUUUGCAGAAGAACCAGUGGUUACUCUCUGUGGCCAUUUGUACUGCUGGCCUUGUAUCUAUGAGUGGCUGCGGCCUGGGGUGGAGUCAACUGCCAGCGACAACAGCAGUUCGGCAAGGCACCAAUGUCCCGUAUGCAAGGCAACACUCUCAGCGGACACCCUUGUGCCACUAUACGGCCGGGGAGGGAACUCAAAGAAGUCACUGAAUGGCAUGGCCAUCCCGCGCCGCCCCAUGGUACACCGUGAGACUGUUGAGCAACAUAAUGCACAAAGCAACGUCAAUGACCAGCACUACCACCAGAGCAUGGAAGACAACCCUCAGCACCAGCCAUUGCUGAACGCACACCACCAUCCCAUUCCCAAUGGGUUUGACUUCAUCUACCCUCCAGCACCAGUAGGUCGUGGCUUGAUCCACUCAACUGCUGGUGGGGUGCUUGGAGGGAUGGCAGAAGUUGUGCUUCCUUGGGCGCUCCGUGGCCAGCUGCCAGCGAGCUUGUACUACACGAGCCCAUAUCAUGUUGCGACGCAGAACGUGAACCCCAGGCUGAGGCGGCAUCAGAUGGAGAUCGAGAGGUCCCUGCACCAGAUCUGGUUCUUCCUCUGUGUGUUUGUGGUGCUGUGCCUGCUCUUGUUCUGA